AUGCUCCGCGAACAUUUUCCAGAUGAUCAUUCCGACACCAAUGCAGCUGCAGAUGUGACGCAAAAUCGGCGACAGUCAUUUGAAUCUCCAAAUACAAACCCUUCUUUGGGCUCAAAAACUGCGGAUACCGUUUUGCCUAUUUCAGGCAACUCACAGCCAGAUAACUGCACACCGGCUGAAGGUGAACCGAGAUAUCACGGUCCAACUAGUACCCUUUUUGAAGACGGCGCUGGAGAUCGUAAAGGAUACCAUAGUAUACCAUCUGUACCAAAUGUUCCUCCUGCAUGGGUAAAAAAGGGGCUAAUGGCUGAGGCUGCAUGCCAGCGUCAUCUGGAAAUUAUCAACCUGCACCAAAAAAUGCUAGACUUCGAUGGCGUAGAUCCAGAUCUUGGCAUGCACUUGUUGGAACUACACUGGAACCGUCAACACCAUGCUUUUCUCAUUACCUAUCGCCCCGCAUUUAUGAGGGACAUGGCUUGCGGUGGGCCAUACUUUUCAAAGCUGCUACUUAACGCCAUUUAUUUUGGCGCAUCUAAAUUUAGUUCUCGGCCAGAAGUCCGCCGCGAUCCAAAUGAUGUGCGCACUGCCGGCUGGCUUUUCCGACAACGGGUCAGAGAAUUACUCGGUGGAGCCCUCGAUAAAAGCGAUAUUACGACAAUCCAGGCACUGUUGGUAAUGGCCAGCUCCUUGUUUGCUCUAGGCGAUGAGCGGAGUGCCGCAUGGCUGUACGCAGGCACAGCAUUCCGUAUGAUUAUCGAUCUGGGGAUGCAUGUGGAUGGAUCUAGGCUAGCCAAUUACCGAAAAUUCAGUGACGAAGAUCUCGAAAUACGAAGACGCGUAUUCUGGGGAGCCUUUGUUGUUGACAAGAUCCAAAGUUUAUACCAAGGCAGACCCGUGAGCCUUCAAGAGCAGGAGUGUAAUGUGUCAAUCACAUUUCUAGAUGACUACGAAGAACUUGAACACUGGAAGCCAUUCGCAUAUUCGACAACCCAGAGCUAUCCAGGAUCACCUGCCUACAGUGUAUCCACGUUCACAGAGCUCUGCAAACUAAGUCUUAUCAUGAAUCGUAUAUUGAAUAAGGUUUAUGGAGAAAGAAGUUCUACAAGAACACCUAGUGAACUUGCUGAAGAUUUAAAGACCUUGCAUACGAAUCUAGAUCAGUGGCGGGACUAUUUACCAACCCACCUAAACUAUGACCCGUCCAGUUCUUCUAGUUCAAUUCCUCCUCCGCAUGUUCUUUCGUUACUCGCUAUGUACAACGUGCUCAUUAUUCUUCUCCAUCGCCCAUUUGUGUCUGAUGGAGAGCUUCAUUCCAGUCCGUCAAAUGCCAUCAAUUCAUUUUUAGUGUGCGCGACUGCGGCCAAAAUGAUAGUCAAAAUAUUACGAGCCUAUGACGCUGCCUUUUCGAUUCAACGAGCACCUUAUCUGAUAUCGUAUGCGACUUAUGUAAGCGCAACAAUCCACGUGCGGAUAGCAGCCCAACGAGCGCCUGGAUCUGAAGCUCAUGUCUGUCUCGCAACAUGUGUCGACGUGUUCAAGAAAAACCAGGAGACCAACUGGGCAGUGAGGAGAGCAAAUGUUAUUAUCCAGAAUCUAAUGAAACGAAUGCAUGUGAGCAUCGCAGGUGAGGAUAUUGACAGAGUUUGUGACCUACAAGAAUUGCAAGUACCACAAAGUGAUAGGAGCAUUAACAAUAAUGAGAAUACUCGCUUUUCUCGACCCGAAUCAAUCCGAUCGUCUGAGAUAAACAGGGGAGUUAAUAUACCAGCCCAGUCUAGUCAUAUUGUAUCUGCAGACUUGAUUCUCGACACCGCUGGCAAUGAAGGAGCCGAUCAUGUUGCAUCAGAUCUAGAUAUUGAUGCUAUAAUUCAGAGCUUUAUCCGCGAACAACAGAGCAGACCAAAUAUGCAUAUUUCAGGGUCUGAAACAACCACAAUUUAUCAACCGCAUACUACAUCUACAAACCAAUGGUUUCCUUCUACGUCGUUUAUAUCAGAAAGCUUGCCAAGCAUCGAUGACCAGCAUGGCGGUACGCACGUUUUCGUCCGCAGUGAUUCCUAUAGUGCUGGUUAUUUGCAAGCAGACGGACUUCCUUCACAGUUCUCCGUUGAUGACAUGCUCUUUGGAUUUAAUAGCUCGGCCAUUGAAGGGAUUGGGUGGGAGUUCGACGAUCAAUAA